UAAACUAUCCCCCACAAGACUAAAGAGUACUAAAGACUAAGCUUGAUGUUUGAGUCAUCAUCAUUAUUCAUCAGACUCCAUCUACACCGACCCUUCCGAUCAGACGGUCCACACGAGGCGCGUGGGCCAGGACCGAGCCUCAGGAUAGCUUUCCUUAUGUGAAUGGCUAAUAAACAAUUCCUUGUAUAUGCACAUAGAAAGCAGAAUAAAUUCCAACUUAGAUGUGUGUUUUAUUCUGUCUCCUUUGCCUAAUCAAUCUCUCUUUUAUAUAAUACUAUACCUCUCCUUCCUAUCUCCUCACCACAACUUAGCACAUUUUACAUUUCUCUCAAGCUAUAAACUUUGAUAUAGCCAAAGGAGUUUUCAGUUUCCCUUAUCAUCCAUCAUCAUCAACAACAACAACAACAACAACAACAACAACAACAACAACAACAACAACAACAACAAGGUUUCUUACAUUUGAUUGAUCAAACAGUUUAACUCCCAACAAAACAAGGAUUGAUUUUUAGCAUACUAAACAAGAAUGGCAAGAUCAGAGACAUACGAAAACGACCUUCAUCUCGAAGCAACGGAGCUCAGAUUAGGCUUACCAGGGAGUAAAGAGCCAGAGAAACAAUCAACUUCUAAUAAUGUAGUUAGAAGUAACAAGAGAUCAUCACCUGAUCAACUGCUGGAAGACUCCUCUUCAACAAACAAUUCCAGUGUUUCGGAUGCUAGGAAUGAAGAUUGUCCCCCUCCUUCCAAGACACAAAUUGUCGGAUGGCCGCCAAUACGAUCAUACAGGAAGAACAAUCUGCAGCCUAAAAAAACAGAAACUGAUGCAUCAGGGAUGUAUGUGAAAGUAAGCAUGGAUGGAGCACCAUAUCUGAGGAAGAUUGACCUGAAGAUGUAUCAGAGUUAUGCAGAACUGUUAAAAGGUUUAGAAAGUAUGUUCAGAAUCUGCAUCGGAAAAUACUCCGAAAGAGACGGAUACAAUGGAUCUGAUGUUGCACCUACCUAUGAAGAUAAAGAUGGUGAUUGGAUGCUGGUUGGAGAUGUACCAUGGGAGAUGUUUAUCACUUCCUGUAAGAGGCUUAGGAUCAUGAAGUCUUCAGAAGCUAAAGGACUUGGUUGUCUAUGAGAAAGAAAGACACAGUUUUACUUUGUGAUUCUGAAAGGCUUAGGAACACACACACAGAGAAGAUUGUCAGAUCAGAGAUAUUUUCUUCUUUUUUUUUUUCCAUUUUUUUCUUCCUGUUUUUGGUUCUUUUUGAUCUGCUUGGACGCUAAGAAGCACGAAAACCUUUGGAACUUGAGGUUUGUCUGUUUCAGAAACGUUUCGGUUCCUGAAAACCAGCUGUUUUCAUGCUAAUGAAGCCCAGGAAUGACUGGGGCUUGAGGUUUCCCGGUUCCAGAAACGUUUCCAUUUUCGAAUCUCCAACUGUUUCCGUGCUACAUAGCUUGGAUGAUGGAUUUGAGUUUCAUUCUGGUUUUUGCAACAAACUGAUAUCAAAAUGUCAAAAUUUGUACUGCUUUUUAUAUACUUUGGAUAUAUAUGUAUUUGCCUAA